AUGGGUGCCUUCUUUUUCCGAUCCACGACUGAAACCACCACAAGCAGCACUUCCGCCGCCGGCGGCGACGGCGGUAAAGGCGACAUCCGCGGAGCGCUCGGCGUUGCCCCCGUCUUCUCUUUCACCGGCGUUGCUCCCGCUCCGCGAACGGCCACGAACCACCGAUCUGACGUUGCCGCGGGUGCGGGUGCUGGCGCGGGUGCUGGUGAAGGUGGUAGUCCUGGUGGUAGUACUGCCGCCCACGGCACGAAGACAAUCUCCCCGCCCGGUCUGUCGCUGCUCUCGAUCAGCACCGUCGCUAACGAGCAGGGUCACAACGUGAAGGCCUCGAGCCUUCCACCGGCGGCAUCGACAAAAAGUAAGGCAGCACAGCCCGGCGCCGACGGGGGGGGGCAAGGGUCGCUGCCCGCCGCCACCGGUGUGCCCCCGGGGAAGCGAGUCGAGUCGAAACGCUCCAAAGACGCCGAUAGCCCCGAAGUUUGCGUUGUGUUGGUUCGCCGUUCCAGGAACGGCAGCAUUGGCCGCCGUGGCAACGGCAUCAUCGGCGCAACGCCUGCCGAGGCUUUCCCGGUGGAGCACCAACCCCGCGUCGCUGCUUCACGGAGGCCCUCCGCGGGCAAAGAGGGCGGCGUUGGUGUUGCUAGCGGUGGCCGUGGAGGUGGCGGUAUUGCGGCGGGCGGAGGAGCCACCGCGUCCGUUCCACGGUGCGGGAGGGCGGGUCCCACGAAAGCCGGAAAGGGCAAGGGGAGGGCGAAGAAGCGGUCUGCUUGGGGAGGGAAGGACUGGGGCGGGCAGGCAGUGUCUCAGAGGGCCAAGGACGAAAUCUUGGCGGGGGUAUCCUUGUGGAGCGUAUCGCAAGACGGCACCUUGGUCGGGGAAGAUGGCAACCACUUCUUCUGCAGGUGGGCACGUGACCGGAGUGUCUGCGGCGAGUCCGGCGACAUCACCUGCUGCGACGAGUGCCCCCGGGUGUUCCACGAGGAAUGCCUCCCGAUCGGUACGAAUAGCCACCUUGCCGCCCACCACCAAACGGAGAAAGACCCGUGGUACUGCCCGUCCUGUACCGACGCCGGACGGGUCAAUCUGGUAGCCGGGAGAGAGCCUAAUUGGACCCCGGAGGAUCGCGCACGGAUGGCCAAACGCGAGGAGACCAGGGUGAAGAAACCCCACAAGGCCAGACCGCAGUCUUCCCUGGAAAAGGCCGGUGAGGGUGGCGCGCGGUGGGAGGGACCGUCGCCUCUGACGAUCUCACCGUUGACGACAAGCGGCGAAAAGAAAGCCAGAUGCAAGAACCCGAAGCGUACGGCGGCGGCGGCGGCAGCAGCAUCCGCGGUGUCGUUGACGGUGGUCAACAUCAACGCUGUCGUUGACCCGCCGUGCUACAUCAGUCGGGCCGAAGUCUUCUCCCCCGAGCUGGACAACCUCCUCCUGCGCUCCCUGCUGUACGAAGAGAAGUACGUGCACAUCGUCGCGAGGCACGCCAUCAGAAGGCCGAGGCCGCGGAAUCGGACGCCUUCUCAUCAGCAGAAGGCCGCCGCCCGCGAUGGCGGCGGGCCCCUGGACCUGGGACGGAAGGAGGGAGGGGUGCCUCCAACGACGGGCAGCGUCCCGGGGGACGGCGAAGACGCCAGCAACCGGAGGGGGCGAACGGACGGCAACAAAAGAAAGGCCGACGAGGAGAUCGGAGCGCUGGCGGCGCACCUUCCCCUCUCGCGCCGAGCCGGGAAGAGGCCGAAGCACCACGCCUACACCGACAAGCGGAGGCUCGGGGCACCCUUCGCCGGAGCGCUUGGCCCGGCCAGGGUCUUCGACGGCACAGCGGUGAGCUUCGGCGCUCGCGCGACGGGACCCUUUCGCGCUGGCCUAGCGGCUACCAUGGUUGAGAUGGGGCUCGUGCCGAGCGAGGUAGCGACAGAAGCGGGGUACCCGGAGUUCGCCGAGGAAGAGCGCUCUCUCACCCAACAGGCCGAGAAGAGGGACGCGGCGGCGGGGGCGGAGGGUUCGUCGAGAGUGUUCGGUUCUGCGGGAGAUGGCUGGCGGUCGCGCGUGCCGUCGCCCGACCUCAAGAUCGGUGCGUUCACCUGGAAGCCGCAACCCGAAAAGAGUGGCAUUGAGGAGGGACAAACGGUGGGGGAAGUAGAUACGGCGUGCGGAGCGAGCAAUAGCGGCGACCACAGUGGCACUAGCGAAGGCUUCCCGGCGCAAGACACCGAGACACCGCGUGACGGCGGCGACGGCGGCGCCGGUGGCCGGGGGAAGACCCGAGCCGGCGGUAGGGUGAGUGACCACAUGGAUGUGGGCGGGGACGAGAGAGGCGGGGUGCAGCAUGGCGCCGGAGGGUCCGGGACGGGGCAGGGCAGCGCUGGCUCGGGGAGUGUGCCGAUUUAUGCGUGUGGAACCCCCUCGUCGACCGGCAGCAACGACGGAGGGGCCGGCGGCGGAGGCAGCAAGCUGCGGAAGGAAAAACAAGACGACGCGCCACCCACUGCGAUUGCAAGCACUGCCGGCGGCGGCGGCGGCGACAACGAAAAAAACACUCUCGGGAAGAACGAUCCCCUGCGCAAGGAGAACCGCAUGUGGAAUCUGAAGCACAUGCGAGCGACCCGAGAGGGCAAGAUGGACGUGUGCGCGUACUGCCGAUUGCACCCGGACGGCGGCCUCAUGGUCUGCUCCACCCCGGAGCUCGCGAAGAAUCACUCCUUCUGCUUCCCGUGCUUGAAGAGGAAGAAUGGCAUCAAACUGUCCGAUCUCACCGGGGGCGACGUGAAGUGGUUGUGCCCGCCGUGCCUAGAGCGCAAGGCGCGCCCCAAGCGCAACCCUCACCCGUCUUCAACCCUUGGCGGGGCGGCGCGGGCCGGAGACGGAGUUCCCACGAGUGCCGACGGCCCCGCCCCGAGGCGGGGGAGGGGUCAGCCGGCGGGCGGCGGGCGUUCCAGAGAGCCUGACCGCGGCGUUGCCGGCGCGGGCAAAGCGGACGUGAAGCGGUCGUCGUCGUCCUCCUCCUCGUCGGGCAAGCUGCCGGCGGCCGCUGCUCCGCGGGAGAAAGAAGUGCAUCGCCAGGCGGCUUCGGGUCUGGCUGCGAGGGUCUUACAUACCUUCCGCUCAGCGAACAGCGGGAGCGGAGGGGUAGACGCCACUAAACCCCGCCGCGAUGGCACACCUCUUGGAGUUGUUAGCGGUGGCGGUGGCGGUACUAGCGGCGGUGAAGCUAGUGGAGGUUGCAAGAGCGUUGGGAGCGGCAAGAGCGGUAGGCGGCGUACUACCGGCGGCGGUACCUCUGGUGGAGCUGAUGGCGGUUCAAGCGGCAGCGGCGGCGGCGGCGGCGGCGGCGGCAGUAGCAGUGGUACGAGCGGCCGCAGCACGUCGCGUGGAGCUGGCGAGGGUGGUAGUGGCGGUGGUCCUAGAGGCGGCGGUCUUGCCGGUGUGUGGGAGGUACAAGCUCUUCCCGGCCAGCUGCCGAUCGAACGGCGGCGCCUGCUGCGCAUGGUGGCCACGUUCGCGCUCGACCGUCUCCAGCAGCUGGACCCGCUGAACCUGUUCAAGGACCCCGUGCCCGACGGCGUAGAGGGGUACGCGGAGGAGAUCGAGUACCCGAUCGAUUUCUCGACCAUCCGGCGGCGGUUGCAGUGGGAGGUGUAUGGGUCAAUCCACCAGCUCGCCCUGGACGUGCAGCUGCUGUGCGCCAACGCGAGGACCUUCAACGAUCCCGGCACUGUCUACCACACGGCGGCCGGGGACGUUCUCAAGGGAGCGGAACGGAUCUGGCCCCAGGCACAGGCCCUCCUGGACCGCCUCACCUCCGCCGAGACCGAGGCCUCCCGGCACAACAUUAUGGGCCCCGCUGCCUCCUCCGACGCCUGGCCGCUCGACGGGCCAUUCGCCGGAUUCGAGCUCACCCCGGCCAACGAGGACGCGUACUACAUGCACGUGGCCAUCAGACGCGCUUCCGCGGCCGCUCGCGCCCGCGCGGAGCAAGAGACAGGGGAGCAAGAGACAGGGGUGAGUGGAGGGGGCAAGAAAAGGAGAGCCGACGGAGGGGCGGGGGGGCGCCGGGGGAGGGUCAAGGCGACUGCGGUCGAGGUAGCGGUGGCGGUGGCUUCGAGCCCGGCGCUGCUGUACACCCGCCGGGUGAUAGGCGAGGAGGAGAGCGCGUUGAGGGAGUCGCUGUCAUUGUACAGGGCUGACUGCACCGACAAGGCUCUGAGGCUCUUCGUCGAGAUCAUGAGGAUGGUGAAGAAGCCGGGAGGAUGGAAGCAGAAACUGUGGAAGGGAGACAAGUUGGAGCUGCCACUGUUUGGGAUUCCAAGGGACAUGACGAGGAUAGAGUUCAAGAACUGUUGUGACAGGGAGGGACUGCACUGCCUAGCAAGGGGACAAGUAGGCAGAGAACAUGAACACGUCCGGGUGAAAUUGACCAAGGGAGACAGCCAAGAGUGCUUGGGGGUUGAUAUCGAGAAGCUGUCGAACUACGUAAGGAAAUUUGGAUGGAGGGUUUGUAUCGCGAACAUGAUAGAAACAGAGAAGGGCAGUCGAGCAAGCAAGUCAGAAGAAGUCCGAGAAGAAGCGGAAGGCGAACGGUGGCGGACGGUCGGGAGCGCCAAGUGUGAAGCUAUUCACCUCACCACCUUGCACAAGCGCAAGGCACACACGCUCCCGCUGCCCACUCCCGUUACCCGGCAGUUUGCCGCCCCGGACGGAGAGUUCCUUUCCCACACGCCCGUCCGUCAGUCGGUGCCCAGAGGCCCCAACCCCAGCCUCAGGGGAAAGGUUAAGUCCGAGGCUGCGAAGGUGGUGGUUCCCGAGUGGAAAGUGCUGCAGGCGGCCCACGGGGCGAGGCAGCGGUUCGGGGAGGAAGCGGCGCGGCACAUGCGCGCGUUCCGGGGCCUGCUGAAGGAGGAAGGCAUUAACCUCAGUAUGUAGCUAUCCCCCCGCAGCGCGUCUAUGUGUCUGGCAAACUCAAAAACCAAUCCAUCUGUGAGGUUUCAGUAUGUAGCUAUCCUCACUCAACAUUUCUAUGUGUCCGGCAAUCUCCAAUACAAAUCAACCUGUGAGGUUUCAGUAUGUGUCUUUCCUCACUCAUAGCGUCUGUGUCCGGCACUAUCCAACAUCACU